CUUCGUUUUAUGUCAUCGCGUGGAACUGAGUUUUAUGACGGUAUUGUGUCCAGAACGACAUAAAACAAGAAGCUUUGUCCCGCUACCAGACAAUUUAGGAUAAAAUCAAGAUAUAAAAUAUAAUUUGGAACUGUGGGUGGUGUAAUGUAAAUCAAGUUGUGGCUGUAUCUACAUUCUAAAUACAUGUUACUUAGAAGAUAAAAUAUGUCUUCUCAAAGUAGUGAACAAUUGCAGUGAUCAAGUGAUUGUGUUAGUAGUGCGGGAAUACAGAGUUUCAACAAUUCUACCUACGAGAUGAAGUGUUUUUAAUGAUCUGACAGAAGGGAAUGUGUAUCAGGGAAAGGCUCCAGUCCUCUCCCGAUCACAUGACCCAUCUGUUCGCGCCUUCCAUCGCCACGACUAGAGGGCGUCAUGAGCGCCGUCUCGUCACCAUGACCAGCGCCGCGUCGGCCAUUGGCAUGGCUCUGUUCGGCAUGGUGUGGCUGUUGCGCGUGCGCGCCGAAAUGAAACGCUGCGCCAAGUGCCAGAGGCGCGAGGCAGCGCGCGCCGCCUCGGGCAGACAGGCAACGUCGCGAGCCACGUCGUUCUUUACGAUAGAGGGCGCGGCAACGCCGACCAGCGGCCAGGGGACGCUGAGGACGCCGGUCGUCGAGCCGCCGCCUACGACGUUCUGUGAAGUGCACGGAUACGUGGCACCCAAAGAAGAUAUCCAAGAGUUCUACGAAUUGACUUUACUAGAUGAGAACAAAUCUGUACAGGAAAAGACAGCAGAGACUAUAAGGAUAGCUAACAAGUGGGAGUCAAAUGACGGACCCAUAAUACCAUCAUUCGCCAAUAACGAGACUGGUAGUACAAUAAUUACUACGAUUGGUGGACUGGAACGACACUCAGCAAGUAGGGAGAACGUAUCUUAUAUUCAGAAGUCUCGUUAUGCGGAUGAUGACAUGCCCCCUCCCCCUUCACCUCCUAUCCAAUCAAAGGUCAUCAACGCCACAGUUGUGGUGGAUAACUUAUCCAGACAAGGUUCUCUGGAAAGAGUGCCUUCUGGCAGAAGAAAGAGUGUUACAGAGAGAGGUGUACCUAAUGAAGUAUCCAAAGAAGUAUCAGCAUUAAAAACGGGCACUGAUAGCUGGCAAGGAAAUGAUACCGAUCAAGCUCACUCGCCCCUAUUAGGAUCGGCAGACAAUAAACCCGUCAACGGUGACGAUGAAUGGGAGUACGAGGAGAUCAUCCUGGAGCGAGGAGGCGCUGGACUCGGGUUCAGCAUCGCGGGAGGCACUGACAACCCCCACGUGGGCGACGACACGGCCAUCUACGUCACCAAACUGAUACAAGGUGGCGCUGCCGCUGCCGAUGGAAGGCUUCUGGUCGGCGACUCUAUCCUGGCUGUCAACGACCAGCCCGUGGUUGACGUUCCUCAUGCUAUGGCGGUUGAAGCCCUGAAAAGGGCGGGAAAUUCAGUCAAAUUGAGCGUGAGGCGGAGACGGCAACCCCGCCACAUGCGACUGUUGGAGAUAGAGCUGGUGAAAGGGAACAAAGGUUUGGGGUUCAGUAUCGCGGGCGGUAUAGGCAACCAACAUAUCCCUGGAGACAAUGGCAUCUAUGUCACCAAAGUUAUGGAGGGCGGUGCCGCCCAAGUGGACGGCAGGCUGGCCGUGGGUGACAAGCUGGUAGCUGUCAGAGAUGCUGUGAAAGGUGAAGUAAAUUUAGAGAAUGUUACUCACGAGGAUGCCGUGGCUACGCUCAAAACUACGCAGGACUGCGUAGUGCUCAUAGUCGCUAAACCCGAUAGUGCCUUUAAUGCUCCCCCUUCGGAUACGUCGUACUCACCACAAUUAUCAACCAAAGCAUCACACGGCUAUCCGGAAUCCUUACAUUCUGUCCACUCCUCGAAUUUGGCUUUACAUCACCCUCCAGGUACUCCAAGGGCAGUUAGUACCGAAGACAUCACAAGAGAACUCCGAACAGUGACGCUACACAAAGGCAACACAGGCCUCGGCUUCAACAUCGUAGGCGGCGAGGAUGACGAGGGUAUCUUCAUCUCCUUCAUCCUAGCCGGUGGCCCGGCCGAUCUCAGCGGUGAGCUGAAGAGAGGCGAUCAGAUCAUCAGCGUGAACGGGGUGAAUUUGAGGAACGCCACGCACGAAGAGGCGGCGCAGGCGCUCAAAGUAAGUGGUACGAGUCAGACGGUGACAAUAUGUGUGCAGUACAGACCUGAGGAGUACAACAGAUUCGAAGCUAAGAUAAAUGAUCUGAAACAACAAAUGCCCUACCCCGUGACGGGGGGUACGCUGCUGAGGACCUCACAGAAGAGGUCGCUAUACGUCAGAGCUCUCUUUGACUAUGAUCCGAUGAAGGACGACGGUCUGCCAUCUCGGGGAUUGGCCUUCCAAUAUGGCGACAUUCUCCACGUCACCAACGCCAGUGAUGACGAAUGGUGGCAAGCCAGAAGAGUACUUCCGACGGGUGACGAACAAGGGAUGGGCAUAGUGCCCAGCAAGAGGCGAUGGGAGAGGAAACAGAGGGCAAGAGAUAGGUCUGUCAAAUUUCAAGGUCAUUCGCCUAACAUACUCGAAAAGCAAUCUACAUUAGAUAGGAAAAAGAAAAACUUCUCAUUCAGUAGAAAAUUCCCAUUCAUGAAAAGCAAAGAUGAAAAAUCCGAGGAUGGUUCUGACCAAGAACAAGCACCUUAUUCUGACAAGCAAUCUAAUGGCAACGAAAAAACAUCUUCUACGUUCAUGCUUUGCUACACCCAAGAAGACGCCAGCAAUGAAGGUGAAAUAUUAUAUCGUGUUGAGCUCCCUUACAUGGAAGAGAUAACGCUAAUAUAUCUGGAGAAUAAUGACAAUAUAGACGAAUUUAGCAACGAGGAAUGUGUAUUGUCUUACGAGCCGGUACAACAGAUCCAGAUACAGUACACUAGACCCGUCAUUAUUUUGGGACCUCUCAAGGAUCGGAUAAAUGACGAUUUAAUUUCGGAGUUUCCCGAGAAGUUUGGCAGUUGUGUUCCUCAUACUACAAGACCAAAAAGAGAAUACGAAGUGGACGGUAGAGACUACCAUUUCGUAGCGUCCAGAGAACAAAUGGAGAAAGAUAUCCAGAAUCAUCUAUUUAUAGAAGCCGGACAAUAUAAUGACAAUUUGUAUGGUACUUCAGUUGCGUCUGUCAGAGAAGUUGCAGAAAAGGGCAAACAUUGUAUAUUAGACGUGAGCGGCAACGCCAUCAAGAGACUUCAGGUGGCCCAAUUGUACCCCAUAGCAAUAUUCAUCAAACCAAAAUCAAUGGAAUCUAUAAUGGAAAUGAACAAGCGAAUGACGGAAGACCAGGCCAAGAAAACAUUCGAGAGGGCCUUAAAGAUGGAACAGGAGUUUGGAGAAUAUUUUACAGCUGUCAUCCAGGGCGACACUCCCGAAGACAUCUACGCCCAAGUGAAGGAAGUGAUCAACGGCCAGUCCGGCUCGACGAUCUGGGUUCCCGCCAAGGAAAAGCUGUGACCAACCGCGUCCAUCUGGAUGUUCCCGCAACGUCCGCCGCGUCACUAGCGCCCUGUCCCGACCAACGGCAGCAGCAGCAGCAGCUUCCGCUCACCGACGCGUGGCGGCGCUGAAUCGAGCGACGCUGUUCGUUCGAUCGAUAUAGCGGGGAUCGAUUCGCGCCAAAACCGCAUUCGUUUUUGUUGUUAUUAAAUACGUAUUUAUAUCUACAGGAUGUUUCUGAAAUAAAUAAAAUAUAGAUACUUCGGUAAAUCUUUAUUUUAAGGAGUUGAAAAUACGCAAUGUGAAAAUUUUCUAAGUCAACAAAAUAAAACACUAAUUCACCACAAUACACCCAAACACUUUAUUUUUAACGCUGACGGCGCCGCGUUUCGCUAACCAUAUUAGUAUCAUCAGUAGAUGAUUAAAACUCAAAAGAAUUUAAUCAUCUGCUGAUAAUCAUCUGAACGAAGCGCGCGCUGUGUUAAAAGUAAACUGUUUUGGUGUAUUGUGGUGAAUUAGUGUUUCCUUUUUCGGUUGUAACAGUAAAGGUUUCAACCCCCUACUGUAAACCUUUGGUCAACAUUUUUUUUUAAUUUCAAAGUAAAAAAUAACUUGGUUAUUUUGGAGUUAUUUGAAAAACAGCACAAA